GCCCUCUGUCGACAAUAAAACGAAGAUACGGUCGACAUGUGUUACGAAGUAGAAACAAAACAAAGAAACGAUUACUUUGUCUAAUCACUCGUCGGUGUCAUGUGUUCACGUUUUAAUUGAGAUGUAACGUGAUCACGACACAAUGUUGCAGCAGAUUUUACGAGACAUGACGAUAGACCCGGAGCUGCUUGCUGAGCUUUCGGAGGAACAGAAACAAAUUCUCUUUGUCAAGAUGAGGGAGGAGCAGAUCCGGCGUUACGAAGAGUGGGCAGAGGAAGGAGACCAUAAGAAAGCAAACAAACCAGGCAAGCCAUCCAAACCAGGCCACAGGAAUGUCAAUUUCCUGAAGGGCCUGGAUGGUCAGCCGUGGGUGUGGGUGAUGGGCGACCACAAGAAUGACUGGACAAUUGAGCAGAUUCUCGAGGAGGAAGCGCAGGCGAAAGCUCUGCGACAGGCCGAGAAAGAAGCCGAGGAAAUCAGGAAGCGGGAAGACGAAGAAACGAAGAGACGAAUUGCUGAAAAGAAGAAACGUCUUGAAGAGGAAGAGAAAGCUUUACGCAAGAAACAGCAGGAGGAAGCAUUGUACCAGAGCAUCAAGGAGGCGAGGUUAGCAGCCGAAAAACUGGAAGAAGAGAAGAAAAAACGUGAGGCAGAAGAUAAACUGGAAGAUUUGAGGAUUUCUGACGCCGAGCUUCGUCGCCGGACCGUGGAAAAGAUGGACCGCGUGAAGCAGCGGCGGAGCAGCGAGAUCUACAUCCAGUGGAAGGAGAUGCGGCACCAGCUGGAGUUGUCUGCCCUGAAGAGCAGUGUCGAGGUCGACGCCAGCUGGGUGGAACAAGAGAAGAAGUCGAAGACUGCUGAGAAAAAGAUGCGCGAGCUCGCUCAGACUGCUAGAGAAGAAUACCGCGCCUCUUUGAGACGAACUAAGAAAUUAAUUGAUGCUGCCAAAAUGUUUGGUCAGAAUAACAGUAACACGGGCAGCGUGAAGCCUCCAUUACCACCCAAAGAACAUCUGAUUGGUGUGAAUAACAGACUUACCCAACCGCGACCUUCAAACCGUCCACCACGACCUCCAAAUCGAGCCGCUGUUGUCGAGUGGUUUCAACAGGAGGAGAGGCCUAGGGGGGUGCACCUCGACGCCACGGGGAAGAUAGCUCCCUGGUUUCACGGUAUUAUUAGCCGAGUUGAGGCGGAGAAAUUGUUGGAGAAUAAAGGCAUUGGCACGUUUCUUGUGCGUGUUAGUGAGCGUGUCUGGGGCUACACGAUAUCAUACAAGGGAGACGAGCGCAUAAAACACUUCCUCAUCGACACAUCAGAAACAGGCUACCAGUUCUUUGGAGCAAGCCAGAUGGUGCACAAAACCUUAUCAGACUUAGUUACAUUUCACAGAGACAGUCCAAUUGCAAUAAAAGGAAAUGAAAUGUUGGAGUUCCCUUGCCGGCAAGCUGUCGAACCUCCCGAUUACUCCGAGUUGCUAGGUGAUGUUAAAUCUCAAGUCACGUUUGUGUAGCAUGCACAGACAGUUUAGCGUGUAAAUAUUAGAAAAUAUGGCUGACGUUCACUUGUACAUAUCUAAUACUAAUAACAGGAAAGUAGUAUAUAUGAUCUGUUUUGUUGAGUCUGUGUGGCAAAAUGUGGUGACUCGUUUGUGAACAGACUGUUACUGUAUUUGUUCACUCAGGUCAACAGGCUGCGCAGUAUCAUGAUAUAUUCAAAUGUCGUGAUGAUGAAAUUAUGUUCAAAUAUUCAUAUUUGGUGUUAAAUGAACAUGUUCAAACAUAAUAGUUUUACUACUGAAUAUAUUCAAAUAUGACUGGGUUCAUAAUAAACAAGUUUAAAUAUGA